UGGGCGGAGUAUGAAAUCACUAGAAACCAGCUUGUGGUUGAAGGUGCCAAACACCUCAUCAGCAAACCAGAGAGAAGAACGACGAAGCUAGGGCUCUGAGGAUGGGUUCCUGUCAGGAGUUUGAAGUGACUGUUUACACAUCACCUGGUCCCACCUGCGGAACCUACAGCCGGCUAUAUCUCAGCCUGAUUGGUUCACAAGUCGAGACUCCGCCCAUCAUAGUGAACAACGACCAUCAUCUGCUGCCCGGAUCUACGUGUUUGGUCCUGGUUCAGUCCAGUGGUCAACUUGAUAAGGUGGUUCUGGUUCGGCUCCGACUGGAGGCUCAGAAUGGAUUCCCCAAUAUAGACUGGCAUUGCAAUAGAGUUGAGGUCCGCCAGCGAACCAAGGUCAAGGAACCAGUGUCUGAGGAACCUCUGGUGUUCCUGUGCGACAAAUGGCUGCGAACAGCAGAUGGUGACGUGGAGCUGCGAAGCGGAAAAUUGUGUUUGUUGGCAGAAGAAACUGAAGAGCAGCUGAAGGAACACCGACGCAGACAGCUGCAGCAUUAUCGGGAGCUCAUCAGGUGGGGCCAGUUUGUUGAAGGUGCUCCUCAGUGUGUUGACCUCAAAAGUGUGUCUGAACUUGGGCCGAACCUCAGCUACUCAUUCAAAAGUCCGACCAUCAACAUGCACUACCUGAAAGGCUUCGCAAGCCGAGCCGAGCCCUGGACCAGUUUCUCUGAGCUGGAGACUGCCUUUGCCCACAGUGGACAUCAGAACAAUGUUGCUAGGUUCGUGAAGAAUCACUGGAAGGAGGACUGGUAUUUUGGCUAUCAGUGUCUGAACGGCUGUAACCCUCUGCUUCUGCAUCGCACGCGCCUCAUUCCUCCGAACUUGGCCGUCAACUCUGACAUGCUCCGGCCAUUCCUACCUGCAGGAUCCUCCCUUGAGGUGGAGCUUCAGAAAGGAAACAUUUACCUGUUGGACUAUAAAGUUUUGGACGGGCUUGAAGGUAACAGGAUCAAUGGAAAGCAGACGUACCUUUCCGCCCCACUGUGCCUCCUCCACCUUAACCCAAAGGGACAGAUGGUGCCCAUCGCCAUCCAGCUCCAGCAGACUCCUGGUCCUCUGAAUCCGGUCUUCCUGCCCUCUGACUCCAGCUGUGAUUGGGUGCUGGCGAAGAUGUGGGUCCAUAGCGCAGACUUCCAGUGUCACCAGUUGAUCUCCCAUUAUAUGCGGACCCAUAUGAUGGCAGAACUAUGCUGUGUGGCCACCCUGCGGCAGCUUCCGGAGAAUCAUCCACUGCACCAGCUACUGAUGCCUCACAUUAGAACAUCUCUGCAAAUAAAUAUACAGGCCAGGGCAUCGCUGCUGGCUGCCAAUGGAGUGUUUGAUCAGGCGGUGGGUUCUGGUUUGAAGACAAUCCCAGAGCUCCUCAGAAGAGCAACUGCCACAACUCGGUAUCGAUCCAUGUGCGUUCCCGAUGAGCUGUCUGACCGUGGCGUGGACCAACUCCCUCACAGCUUCUACGCCCAGGAUGCGCUGAGGAUCUGGGACACACUGCACAGGUUUGUGCUCGGAUGGAUCAACUUGUACUACAGAGGAGACGAAGAUGUCCUUAAUGACUCUGAGCUCCAGAACUGGAUAAUGGACAUCAAGACACACAGCUUUACUCAGAACUCAGAUUUCCCUCAGUGGUUUCAAACCAAAGCAGAAGUGUCCAAGUUUCUAACCAUGUUCAUCUACUCCUGUUCUGCACUGCAUGCUGCUGUGAACUUCUCCCAGCUGGAGUUUGCUCUCUGGAUCCCCAACUGUCCAGCCUCCAUGAUGCGUCCUCCUCCACAGGUUAAAGGCGCCAUCACAGAGCAGGAUAUCCUGUCCUUUCUGCCGGAUAUUAACUCCGCCCAUCGAGUCCUGAUGGCGCUGACCAUGUUGUCACAGCCCGGGGUUGACUUUAUUCCUCUGUCUCACUAUAGGGAGACCAUCUUCAGAGUUGACGCCCACCACAGGCUGGUGGAGAAGGUCCAGGCAGAACUCAAGGCCAUUAAUGAUGAUAUCACAGAGCGCAACAGGCACCUGGAGCUACCAUAUACAUACCUUUGUCCUUCAAGCAUCGAAAACAGCGUUGCCAUUUAA